GUUGUGAAAAUAAACUAAAAGCUUUGUUAAAACACCAGGGACCUAGAGCUGUAUGAUUCAGUUGGAGAUUGAAGCAAAACCGAAUAGGACUUAAUUAGAAGGAGUUAAAAACAGUCUGCAGGGCUGGGAAAUAGGAGCUUCAUGAGCCGGAGCAGUGAACAGGCAGUAGACUCGCAAAAGAAAGGAUAGCUUGAUUUGAGAAAUAUCAGGACUAUUCAAAAGAAGAGUGGGUGUCUAACAGUGGAAUGAAGAGUUUAGAAGAGAUGGGAUUUUUCCUGACAGAUCGCCUAGAGACACAUCCAUCCUCCCUUUUCAGAAUGUUUAGAGGUGUAUGUCACAAGAAGGAAAUGCUGAAUCUACAUAUGGGCCACGUUACAAAUGAGGGUGAAGUGUGAAAUUAGUCUCCAGAAAAUGAGUGGGUUUUCCUUCAGUUUCCCAAGAUGCAAACACAGCAGACUUACGAGGAAUGCAAAUUAACGACUUGCUGAAGUGGGUAUGAGUUCAAGUAUCCAGAGAAAAUUAUUUAGCAAAGAGAAGUAAUCUGAUGUUUGAAAUGCUGAAAAGAAAACUUCGUCAGUGUCACAGUCUUAGGCUUCUCCUUCUGGUGCUAAUUCUGUCUUUCUUAGUAUUUUCUGUUCUAAAAAUCAACCAGAAGCCAGACCACUUAAAUUACAGACAUUUGUACCUGACUGGUGAAGACCCUGCCAGCCAUAUUAACUGCACCAAGAUACUGCAUGGUGAUACAGAGGAAAUUCAAAAAGUAAAGCUUGAGAUGUUAUCCAUGUCAUUUAAACAACGCCAUAAGUUGACAGCAAAUGAUUAUAUUAAUAUGACAACAGAUUGCACUUCCUUCAUCAGGAUGCGGAAGUAUAUUAUGGAACCCCUCAGCAAAGAAGAAGCUGAAUUUCCUAUUGCCUAUUCAAUAGUGGUUUAUCACAAAAUUGAUAUGUUUGAGAGACUUCUAAGGUCAAUCUAUACUCAUCAGAAUUACUACUGCAUUCAUGUGGACAAAAAGUCUCCUGAAUCUUAUCUGGCUGCAGUGAAGGGAAUUGCAUCAUGUUUUGAUAAUGUCUUUAUUGCCAGCCAAACGGAAAGUGUAGUGUAUGCAUCAUGGAGCAGGGUACAAGCAGACCUUAACUGCAUGAAAGACCUCUACAGGAGGAAUACAAAAUGGAAAUAUUUGAUAAAUCUUUGUGGCAUGGACUUUCCCAUUAAAACCAAUGAGGAAAUUGUAGAGAAAUUGAAAGCUUUAAAGGGUGAAAACAGUUUAGAAACUGAGAAAAUGCCUCCAAACAAAGAAGUACGAUGGAAAAACCAUUAUGAAAUUGUUGACGGAAAGCUGAAAAACACGGGUGUAGACAAAAAACUACCACCUCUUAGUACACCUAUUUUUUCUGGCAGUGCCUAUUUUGUUGUUAGUAGGAGAUUUGUAGCGUAUGUGUUAGAAAACAGCAAAAUCCUUAAAUUUAUUGAAUGGGCUAAAGAUACAUAUAGCCCUGAUGAAUACUUGUGGGCUACUAUUCAAAGAAUCCCGGAAGUUCCAGGUGCAGUUUCUUCCAGCAAUAAGUAUGAUGUUUCUGACAUGAAUGCCCUUGCCAGAUUUGUGAAGUGGCAGUACUUCGAAGGGGAUGUAUUUAACGGUGCUCCCUAUCCACCAUGCCAUGGAAUUCAUGUCCGUUCUGUGUGUGUGUUUGGGGUGGGGGAUUUAAACGGGAUGUUGUGGAAACACCACUUCUUUGCUAACAAAUUUGACACAGAUGUUGACCCUUUUGCAAUUCAGUGUUUAGAAGAAUAUUUGAGAGACAAAGCUCUGUAUCAACAUAAAAAUUAAAAUGGUACUUUGUGCUUGGUAUGAUGAAUGUCUUAUAUUGAUGAUACUUUUAUCUGCAUAUCAGUGUAUGUAAUGAGGAUUGACUGAUGUUGCACCUUACUUAUCACUCUGGCAUGGGCUUCAGAAACUCUACUGGGUGGUACAUACAAGAGGUUAUAUUGGCCCA